AGUAAGCUAUAAAACGCAGGUUUCAAGCUCUGGUCCAAGGCAAUCAAUUUACUUUACAUCAGAAACAGACUGCGACGUCUUCGACUGAGUGUGUUCAUCACUAACGACAAUAGGGAAAUCUAGGAAUGGAGAAUAGGCUGGUUUUUCUGCUUCUUCUUCUUGGGUUGUCAGGAUGGACGACAGCUAUACGAGCUUUAGGAGCCGAUGUGAGCUGGUCCGCUACACCUUUCUCCACCCUACGGAAAAAUCCUGUUUUUUCUAAGGAUGGCGAACUCAAGAAGGUAGGCACUGAGCACGAUCCUCUGCUUUCUAAUGAAAACCAGUGUUUCGGAAAACGAUGUUUCCAUAGUGACCAGUGUUGUCUUGGUUCCGUGUGUGUCGAUACGGAUGGAAUAGGAACAUGUCUACCCCUUUACGGACAAGAAGAGGGACAGUUUUGCCAUCAAGAUUCAAACUGUCAGGAAAACCUUGCAUGCACACAGCUGGCAAGCGACCCCAAACGGCGAACAUGUCAAUUGCCAAAACUGUACUUGCGAAAAAAGCAAUAUAACGACGAGUGUUUGGAUAGCAGCGAAUGCGACGCUUCAAAAGAUCUCUGUUGUCAGUUGCAGCGUCGUCACAGGAUGGCGCCACGUAAGGUGUGCUUCUACUUCAUCGAUCCCAUGAGCUGUAUUGGAAAUGUGAAACACGCGUACAAGGCCCUGCCUAUUUCCAAUUUUCUUCCUAAUCCUUUCUUCAAGGCCCGACUGGGUUGAUACAGAUUUUACUUUGUAACACUUUUAAAACAUCGACGAGAUGUUCAGUUAUUCUAUAUCCUUUGUAGUCGUAUUUAUCUCUUAAAUGUACUCUGAUAGUAAUAAGAUAUUCAAAUUAUGAUCGCUUCAUUUGUAUUUUAAUUUAUUUUCAAUAUUCUCACUUCUUUAAUAAAUGGUUGAACUUGUGCAGUUUUGACAAUAAUGAAUACCGUACAUUUCUAUGUAAUUCCAGACUCUACGGAAUAAAAUGUGAAU